AUGACUGGGGUACUCGAAAAUAAUCAGUCCGUCGAAACGAGUGAAAAGAGUGAACCCCAGGUCACCUUUAAUGAACAGACCAAUUAUGUCCCGAAACGGACUAUAAUCACCAUCUUUCUGGCAUGCUCAAGCGUCGACCUGCUGGCAUUGAUGGACCAGACAACGUUAGCAGCCAGUUUGUCUAUCAUUGGAAAUGCCCUCGGAGCGAGUGAUCAGACGUCGUGGAUCUCCGGUGGCUACUUCGUAACAUCGACAUGCUUCCAACUGCUCUAUGGAAAACUAUCGGACAUCUGGUCCCGCAAGUUAGUGCUGUUCGUCGGCCUUGCAAUCUUCUUCUUCGGCUCACUGGCUGCCUCUCUGUCCCAGACUGCCACCCAAUUGAUCAUCUUCCGCGCCUUUACCGGUGUCGGCGGCGGUGGUCUGAUGACCGUCGCACAGAUGAUUGUCAGUGAUGUAGUUCCUCUCCGUGAGAGAGGGAAGUACCAAGGUAUCCUGGGCGCAGUGGUUGCCAUUGCCAAUGGAAUCGGUCCCGUCAUUGGUGGUGCCCUGGCGUCCAUUUCCGAGGACUCGUGGCGCUGGAUUUUCCGACUCAACUUGCCCUUGACGGCGGUGACUACUUUGGCGGUGCUAUUCUUCAUGCCUCUGCGAAAAGUCACGGGGGAUUGGAAAGUCAAGUUGAAAGCGAUCGAUUUCUUCGGCGCGCUCUUAGCCCUCGGAGGAACGUCGGUUCUGCUGCUGGGAUUGACUUGGGGCGGCGGCGAGUACUCCUGGGAUUCCGCUCACGUUAUUGCAACUCUGGUCGUUGGGUUUGCGAUCUCAGUCGCUUUUGUUGUGUGGCAGUGGAAGGGCACGUCGACCCCGCUGGUUCCAAUGCAUAUCUUCAAGGGAAGAAUUGUCAAUGGUGCUUGUCUGACCAUGUUCAUCAAUGGCUGGAACUUUUUGGUCCAGGUAUACUAUAUCCCAACUUUCUAUCAGUUGGUGUUUGGAUAUUCCACGGUGAAAGCGGCCGCGAUGCUGCUGCCCAUUACUUUGAUGCAAACCGUGAGUAGUACAGGCUCUGGCCUUGUGGUGCACUGGGUUGGUCGGUAUCGAGAGUGUAUCCUAUUUGGUUGGAUCAUCUGGGCCGUUGGAUUGGGUCUCUUUUCGACGCUUGACAAGCACUCUGGCUUGGGGAAGCAGAUUGGCUAUGGCAUCUUGACUGGUGUCGGAGUUGGCAACACUUUGCAGCCCUCACUUAUUGCCGUGCAAGCGGGCGUGGAACGGCGCGAUAUGGCUGUGGUAACCUCGUUCCGAAACUUUGUGCGGAAUCUUGGUGGUACCCUUGGAUUGGCAAUUGCUGGGACUAUCAUCAACAACAUUGUCUCAUCUUCUAUUUCGGUCCUUGAUCUUGAUGAUACCCAGUCCCGCUCUCUUCUGUCGAGCCCACAGAAUUACUUAUCGAAACUAUCCGCAGAGGAUGCAGAGCACGUUCGCGACAUCCUCACACCAGCCUAUCAGAAAGGCUUCCGCAUCAUUUUCAUCAUAGGUGCUUCACUUGCAGCACUUGCUUUCUUCUUGGCUAUUUGGCUUAUGCCUCAAGUUGCGCUGAACCGCGCUGAUGAUCAGGCUUUGAAGGAAGAGGCAAAGCAAAGAGUCGAAGGGAAAUUGCAAGAUAAAAAAGAAGACAAGGCCUGA